AUGACAAAUGGUCUUGUAAACGGCAACAUGGGUAUCGAGAGCCAAUUUGCGUCUCUUGGUCUCACCAAAUCUGCUUAUGUUCCUCCACACAUGAGGAAUACGCAGCGGGCUGCUUCCUCUCCCAUUGUAUCCAACGGAACCGGCUGGACUGAUUCCCGCACUUCAACCCCUCCUCCUGCCGCCCGCGGCGGUUUUGAGUCAAGGGGAGGAGGCUACUCUGAUAGAGGUCGAGGCGCUUUUUCUAAUUCUCGUGUCGCCAGCGGUGGAGCCUCCAACUGGGCUGGCCCAACAUCUACCCCAAAUUGGGCUGCUGCUUCGCCACGCCCUACCAAUGACUCCAACAUCUCCCAAGGCUACGGCGCAUGGAAGGAUGGCAAGCAUGUCGUGGGCCCCCGUCACCUGCGCAUGGAGAAGGAGCUAUUCGGCGAUGCCGCUGAUCCCUCUAAACAGCACACUGGCAUCAACUUUGAAAAGUACGACGAUAUUCCCGUCGAGGCUACCGGUGCUGGUGUACCCGAGCCCGUACUCUCUUUCACCAGCCCUCCUUUGGAUCCCGUUUUGUUGGAGAAUAUUGGCUUCGCCAUGUAUACGACUCCUACUCCCGUUCAAAAGUAUUCCAUCCCUAUCGUAGCUGGAGGGAGGGACUUGAUGGCUUGUGCUCAGACCGGUUCCGGUAAAACAGGUGGCUUCCUCUUCCCCAUUCUCUCUGCUUCUUUCGCCGAAGGCCCUCGCCCUCCCCCAGCACAGUCUUCUGCAGGGGGCUACGGUCGUGCUCGCAAAGCUUAUCCUACCGCUCUGAUCCUCGCCCCCACCCGUGAGCUUGUCUCCCAGAUUCAUGACGAGGCACGGAAGUUCGCGUAUCGGUCCUGGGUUCGCCCUGCCGUCGUCUACGGUGGCGCCGAUAUCAAUCAACAACUCCGCCUUAUCGAACGUGGUUGUGACCUCCUUAGCGCCACACCGGGCCGUCUUGUUGACUUGAUCGAACGUGGUCGCAUCAGCCUCGCCAACAUCAAGUAUCUCGUCCUUGACGAGGCCGAUCGCAUGCUUGACAUGGGUUUCGAACCCCAGAUCAGGCGUAUUGUUCAGGGAGAGGAUAUGCCCAGCACUGCGGACCGUCAAACCCUCAUGUUCAGUGCUACAUUCCCCAGAGACAUUCAGAUGCUUGCCAAGGACUUUUUGAAGGAUUAUGUCUUCUUGAGCGUUGGAAGAGUUGGAAGCACAUCCGAAAACAUCACUCAGAAGAUCGAGUAUGUUGAGGAUCUCGAUAAGAGGAGCGUCUUGCUUGACAUUCUCGCUUCUCAACCCAAGGAGGACCUCGGGCUCACUCUUGUGUUCGUCGAAACAAAGAGGAUGGCGGACAUGUUGAGCGACUUCUUGAUGGGCAACAACCUCCCUGCUACCUCCAUCCACGGUGAUCGUACCCAACGCGAACGAGAGAUGGCUCUCCAGACUUUUAGAACUGGCAGGACUCCCAUCAUGGUAGCUACGGCCGUUGCUGCCCGUGGACUUGACAUUCCCAACGUCACCCAUGUCGUCAACUAUGAUUUGCCCAGCGACAUUGACGACUACGUCCAUCGCAUUGGACGUACCGGCCGCGCGGGUAACACUGGUGUCAGCACUGCGUUCUUCAACCGUGGCAAUAAGAACAUCGUCCGAGAUCUCGUUGAGCUGCUUAGGGAGGCUAACCAGGAAAUCCCUAGUUGGCUGGAGACGGUCGCUCAUGAAGCGUCCUUUGGCAGUGGAGGAUAUAGGGGCGGCCGUGGUGGAGGACGUGGACGUGGUGGUGGUAGGGGAGCUGGUGGUAGGGAUUAUAGGGCCCCCAGUGCAGGUGGUGGUGGGUUUGGCGGUGGGGUUGGAGGUGCCAAGGCGUACGGUGGUGGUGGACCUUCUUAUGGAGGCUAUGGUGGUGGAGGAGGUGGUGGUGGCGGGUAUGGUGGAGGUGGAGGCUAUUCGUCAGCAGGUGGAGGUGGUCAGCAAGGGUGGUGGUAA